AUUGUGUGGAACUGAUGUAUCUAUAAAGCCAGGGAGGCAGCCGGUUUUUCACCUAUGGCUGACUAUGGCCGAAAAGAAGAUUAAAGAAAAAAGGAAAACAAAAGAUCUGCCUGGUCAUUGAGUGAAAUCCAGUUAAACACCUGUGGUAGAUGCAUCAAUCCCUUUCAAGCGGGGAAGCUGCACCAACUUAAAGAGCUUGACAGUGAAAAACCAGGAAAUCAAAAUCUGGAAGCAAUGACCUGGAGUCCUGGGAAAAGGGAAUAAUUAGUGCAAAGAGAAAAUUCGGAGAAUCCCUCAAGUUGCAUGUGCCAUUCCAAUUACUAAAUAAACCCCAGUUCAAGCCUGAGCAUACAAAAAUGGCAGACCAAGCUGCUGGGAAGUGAGUUGAACAACUCAAAGGAGUGAGAACAACAGCAAAGAGAUCAUUCUCUCGUCUGGUUAAUGGCAUUACGAGGACGCAUGAGGAUAUGACUGAAGGAGAACUCAAAGACAGUUUCAAUAGACUGACAACGGAAGCAGAGAAACUCAUGGAGGCCAGUGAUGAUCUAGAGGCCGGUUUCAUUGCAGAACUAGAGGCAAAGCUUGACACAAGUGAAGCAGUUGUGCUGACAGAACAGCAGAAAGUCGACUUAGUAAAGACUUCAAGUGAAUGUGAGUUAAAACUGAAGGCAAUAAAAACCCUUGUCAGAGAGACUCUCUGGGCCAACUUUGGAAGUGCAGAAUUGUUCACAGCACUACAGGCAGCAGAGGCUGAGUGUGAACAUGUCGCUGCCAUUAAGCCUGAUGGUAAUUAUGAAGUGUAUGAUUUCGUACUUGGCCACCUGAAAGAACUGGUGGGAGUGGCAAAGGACAGGUAUAGCAAGUGGAAGCAUUGGAUCCCAUUGAGUGUUCGGAGGGAUCUCCAAAGCAAUCUACAGAAGCUGGAACUCUGCAUCCCCAGGCUGGUUUCCAGAAAAGCUGACUUUCUGGAGAUGAGAAUAAAGGAGGAUGCUGAUCACCUGACGUCAUUGCCAGCUACUUCCAGCUGCCCCAUGCCAAUCGUCAAGCUGAAACCAACAGCCCUUCCCAAGUUUCUUGGAAAUAAACAAGACUUCCACAGAUGGAAGAAGGAAUGGGAGGCUCUUCAGGGGCAGGCCGAGCCAUCUGGUUCGAAAGAGAUCAAAAAGUUUCAGCUACUUGAUAGUGUGGAUGAGAAAAUAAUGAGAGAACUUCGACUCACCACUUACAACACUGCAGAUGACAUCUUUCGUGUUUUGGAGAAUCGGUUCGGCAAUCAAACAUCAAUUGCUAUUGAAAUAGUGGAGGAGUUACAGGGAAUGCCAGCUGUUAAGAGCCACCACCCAAGAAAAAUAGUGGAAUUAAUUCAAGCUGUGGAGAAGGCGCUUCAAGACCUGGUUGACCUUGGUGACACGGGGGCUAUAAAAAACCCAUUGGUGACAAAGUCAAUCGAAAGUAAACUUCCAGAAACUCUCAAAAAGGAGUGGCUUAUUUAUGUUGCUGACAGUAGAAACACGGUCACCCCAGAAAAACGAUUUGAUAGUCUUCUGGAAUUCCUCAAAGAGCAAGAAACCAUAUAUGAACAGCUUGAUCAUCUGAGAGCGGAAGAGCCAAAUAAGCGAGAAAGAGUGGAGCUGAAACAUUCCAGAACCAAAUUCACCAAAUUAGGCAGUGAUGAAGAGUGUGUGGUCUGUGGUGAUGGAAAGCAUAAAAAGAAACUCUACUUCUGCAGGCAGUUUAAAACAUUAAAGCUUGCAGAAAAGAAGGCUGCAAUUAAGAAACUAGGGGCAUGCUGGAGUUGUCUCAAGGUUCAUGACAAUGGGUCAUACUGCAAACCCACUUAUCUGUGCAAAAGCCCAGGCUGCAAAGAAGCGCACGCUGCAGAGCACCAUUACUACCUAUGCCCAAAUGCUGAGGUGAGGAAGGGAAGUGCAGCAGGGAGGCAGAACAGAUCUGAUCCAGAGGGAGGAAAGGUCAGCAGGAAAUGUACGGAGGAUCAGGAGGAGUUCCUCAGAAAACUAUCACCUGAACUGGCAAGAGAAUGCAGGGAUGCAUUUUCAAACACUGCAUCCAGGGCAUGCAGCACCACCAAGGAGCAGCCAAGUCUCCUAUUUGAAGGUGGGCUUCGAGAGCUGCCAGUAAUCAUGAUGCUCCUCGAGGUCACAGUUAAUGCUGGGCAAAAGAUUGGGACAUUAAUUGACCUGGCUUCUGACACCAACUAUAUAACCCACAGGGCUGCAAGUAGUCUUAACCUAAGAAGUGAAGAAAUCACUCUGGUUGUUCAUGGAGUAGGGGGAAUGAAAACGUAUGUGAAAACAAGGCGGUACCUUUUAAAGAUCCGAGUCAGAAUGCCUAGAGGCACCCUUAGGUCACACCAACUGGUCUGCUAUGGACUCAACAGCAUAGCAAAAGUCCACAAACAUGUCACACCGAGUCAGCUACAAAGGUUCUUUCCGGAUAUACCACUCGACGAUCUUGUAAGACCGAAAGACAUUCAUCUGCUUAUAAGUCAUAAAGAAGGUCGACUAGCGCCUCAGAGGAGCAGAGUCAUCGGUGACCUUGUGUUAUGGGAUGGGCCACUUGGAAAGACAGUUGGGGGAACUCACCCUGAGCUCUUCGAGGAGCUUACUGUCUCUGCCCACAUGUCCAAGACACACUUUGCCAGGUCAAUGAGAGCGGCAGCUGUCAAGUAUGAGGAGCUCAUUGGCGAGGCCUCAGACCAGUCUUCAACAAGGAAGCAUGUUGCUGCUAAGCUUCAGAGGUCAAGCACCUCAACCACCAGCCGAGAAUUCUUAGAGUGGUGGAAAUGGGAUAGUAUUGGUGCUGCUUGUGGGCCGAAGUGUGGGGGUUGCCGUUGCGGAAAUUGCCAGCCAGGUGGGAAAGAAAUGAAAAUGAAAGAAAUGACACUGGCUGAGGAGAGAGAGCUUGAAAUAAUAAGAGAAGAGCUCACCUAUGUCACAGGUGACGGCCACAGCGGAGAACCACACUGGCAUGCCAAGUACCCCUGGGUUGAAGAUCCAGCAUCCCUACCAGACGACAAAAGAGGAGUUGAGAGCACAUUCCUCCGGACAGAGAAGCAAUUGGCCAAGGAGCCUGAAUGGAAAGCCGCUUAUGCCACUCAAGUGCAUGACAUGGUGGAGCGUCGAGCAGCAGUCAAGUUGUCCAAGGGCAUGAUCAGUAACUGGGAUGGGCCAGUGUGGUACGUGAUUCACCUCAUUGCUCCGAAUCCUCACUCUGUUACAACUCCAGUCAGGCUUGUGUGGAAUAGCAGCCAGAGGUUUAGAGGUGUGAGCUUGAACGACCUGCUAAUAAAGGGUCCAGAUGUCCUCAACCAGAUUCGGGCAGUUCUCCUCAGAUUCAGAGGCGGAGUGUACGGUGCCCUUGGUGACAUAAAAAAGAUGUACAAUUCAGUUUGGUUGGAAGACAGAGAGAUGCACCUGCAUAGAUUCCUCUGGCGGGACUCUGAGGAUGACAAGCUGGAGGAAUAUGCAAUCACAAGGGUGAAUAUUGGAGAUAAACCGGCAGGAUGCAUUGCACAGCUGGCAAUGCGUGAAACUGCCAGCCUUUCUACCUUUUCCCACCUCAAGGAGGAACGUCAGGUACUCCAGCAAGACAGCUAUGUCAAUGACAUCCUUACCUCUCACAAUGACAUGAACCAACUAGAAGUCAUUACAGAGAACAUUGGGUGAAUUCUAAAGGAUGGAGGAUUUGAGCUGAAGCCUUGGGUCUUAUCUGGGCAAAGUGGGAGGAGGAAGCGCGAUGACAAGGGUGAGAAGACAAGAAUGAAAACCAUAGUCCUACCAAACCAAAUGCGUGACGAAGAAAACAAAGCUCUUGGUCUGGGUUAUAUAGUGGAAGAAGACAAGCUUCAUGUCAUGGUAGCAAUCAACUUCUCCAAGAGGAAGAAAAAGAUGCGAGUUGGCCAAGCCCUUGUCCAGGAGCAGAUUAAGACCCACACGGCAAACCCGCUGACACAAAGAGAGCUUCUCAGUCAAGUGUCAGGGUUGUAUGAUCCAGUCGGUUUGGUCACUCCUGCAAAGCAAAAAGGAGCAAUCUUAGUUCGCAGAGCAUUCCAAGAGACAAAAGUAGAAAGCUGUUUGGUCAAGGACACUUGGGACAUGGCGCUCUCAGAUGCCCUGUGGGAGGACGCCAUUAGGCUUUUUGAGGAGUAUGCCCAGCUCAGCAAAGUCAUAUUUGCCAGGGCGCUAACUCUCCCAUGCUUCACCGAAGAACCCUGGGCAAUUACUUUCUCCGAUGGAAGUGAGCAAGCCUAUGGGGCAGUGUUGUACUUAAGGUGGAAUUCAGAUCAGGGCACAACCAUCAGGUUGUCCAACUCCAUUGGACCACAAAGGGGAUGUUGUCAAAGCAGAGCUGUGUGGGGCAGUGUUUGGCUCACGCCUAAAGAAAUACUUUGAGGCGCAAAGCCUGAUUCAGGUUGAGAGGUGGUAUCACUUUGUCGACAGCCAAACGGUCACUGGGGCAAUACAGCAGGAGAGCUAUGGUUAUCAGACCUUUGUCGCAAAUAGGAUUGGAGAAAUACAGAGCAGCACAAUGAUUCAAGAUUGGUGGUGGAUCCCUGGCCCUCAGAACAUUGCGGAUGUAGUCACAAGUAGAGAUGGACCGAUCCGAUAUUACGUAUCGGUAUCGGUCCGAUACUGACCUAAAUUACUGGAUCAGAUAUCGGAGAGAAAUAAAAAAUGUAAUCCAAUCCGAAAUAUCACAAAAUCACCUCACAAAACGCGCUACUUGGCGUAACCCAGCUCGGCGCAUCGGAGCAGUAUGUGUCACGUGAUAGAGCGGCUGUUGUCUGCCAGACCUGUCAGCGGACUGUUGGAGCAUUUGGAGCCUCGCUACAUGCUUCCUAAGGCAUUUCAUCUCGGCGAAAACUAUCCCAGAGAAGUAAAGCAAGUGUGUAAGUUCAUCCAAGAAUGUCUGCAUAGUAUUUCCACGUUAAGCUUAACAACUGAUAUAUUGAGCCACAGCUGAACUGGCCUUCGGAGUUCCAUAUUGAGGUGAAAGGGAAGUGAUUUGUCCCCGUACUCCAGCUAGAGAUAAAAAAAAAUAGACACAAAGCUGAAGUUAUUCUGUCUUUGCUGCGCAGUUGCAUCUACUCUCAUUCACUCCCCCUCCCUCUCCUGUUAUUACUUAAAACAUGAAACUGAUCAACGAUCAGCUGAUCAGCUUUUCUGUCACGAGUCCCGUCUUUCUUGUUUGUUUAUCGC